AGUUCUGUUCUGUAGACACAGCAGAGCUCUCAUUUCAGAGUCCAGUGUAGAUCUCCACAGUGAAACGGUCUGUACUAAACUACAAAUGUUUUUAACAAGAGAAAGCACUGACUAAACCUUAAGAUCUCAAGCAGAAAAACAAAACGAGUGGAAGGGACAAAACAAGUAAAGAUUAUUCUGAUGCCUAAAGCCAGACAGAAUACAACUUCAAGUACCAUGGACAAAGAAACAGAGAACAUGGAAGAGUUCAUCGACAUCCUCGUCUCCAAGGUCAUCGAACAUUCUGCUGCGAACCUCAGCGAGCUUAUGCUGUCAAUCAGCCACUGGGAUGCAGAGGAAUGCAUCACAACUGAGGAUGACAAAGACAAAUCCUCUGCUGGUUGUCUCACCCAACAGAAGGUGCAGCAACACCUGGAUAGGUUUUUUACAAAGCGACGACUGUUUGCUGAACAUUGUGGGGACAUUCUAGAGGACAAAGAGGUCACCUGCCCCAGCAUCUCUCCAACCAAAGAAAAAAUAAUGACAAACUCCUCUUCUUCGACAUCAUGCCAAAGCUGUCCGUAUCCAGAGAGCCUGGAGAAACAGGCAAAAGCAGCCAAAAUGCUCAUCUCCCAAGUGAUCGACGAUCAUCAUAAGCAGUCCAUUGAGGCACUGAGGAAACUUCAUACCACUGAUUCUGCCAGCAAAACAGAGAAACCAGCUGGCAAGUCAUAUGUCAAAAAGCUAAAGUCAGCAUGGAAGAGACGUUUUGGCAGGAAGAAGAGCAACAGAGUCAAACCUGUUUCAGAGCAACAUGUAGACCAGGCCAACAAGGACAGUGCAGAUUCUUCCAAACAAGACCUGAGAUCCACCUGUCUAGAGCUGGUUGAGAAAGAAGAGGACUCUAUCGAGACAGAGAUGAGGAAUCUCCCAUCUCCAGCCUCCAGCAGCUCAUUUCCAUCACCCGAUCAGGUAGAGGAGAAAGCACAGCCAGAGAGCCAUGCUCUGGUCGAAACUGCAACAGUUUUCCAGGAAGAGCUGAGAAGUUGGAAAUCCACAGACUCUUGUGAUGGGGUUCUGAGGGCUGCUGCCGACACUGAGGGGGAGGUAUCUACCCCUGACCUGGCAGACAGCUGCUGUCAGGCCUUUCAGGAAACCUAUAUUCCUACUUCCACGGCCCAGACAGUUCAAACAUUGCCUAUUGAAGGCCAGGAAGAGGUAGUGAGCACACCACAUACCACUAAUUCUGCCAGCAAAACAAAAAAAACAGCUGGCAAGUCAUUUGUCAAAAAGUUAAAGUCAGCAUGGAAGAGCCGCUUUGGCAGGAGGAAGAGCAACAGAGUCAAACCUGUUUCAGCGCAACAUGUAGACCAGGCCAACAAGGACAGUGAAGCUUCUUCCAAACAAGACCUGAUAUCCACCUGUCUGGAGCUGGUUGAGAAAGAAGAGGACUCUAUAGAGAUGGAGAUGAGGAAUCUCCCAUCUCCAGCCUCCAGCAGCUCAUUUCCAUCACCCAAUCAGGUAGAUGAGGACGCUCAGCCAGAGAGCCAUGCGCUGGUCGAAACUGCAACAGUUUUCCAGGAAGAGCUGAGAAGUUGGAAAUCCACAGACUCUUGUGAUGGGGUUCUGAGGGCUGCUGCCGACACUGAGGGGGAGGUAUCUACCCCUGACCUGGCAGACAGCUGCUGUCAGGCCUUUCAGGAAACCUAUAUUCCUACUUCCACGGCCCAGACAGUUCAAACAUUGCCUAUUGAAGGCCAGGAAGAGGUAGUGAGCACACCACAUACCACUAAUUCUGCCAGCAAAACAAAAAAAACAGCUGGCAAGUCAUUUGUCAAAAAGCUAAAGUCAGCAUGGAAGAGACGUUUUGGCAGGAAGAAGAGCAACAGAGUCAAACCUGUUUCAGCGCAACAUGUAGACCAGGCCAACAAGGACAGUGAAGCUUCUUCCAAACAAGACCUGAUAUCCACCUGUCUGGAGCUGGUUGAGAAAGAAGAGGACUCUAUAGAGACAGAGAUGAGGAAUCUCCCAUCUCCAGCCUCCAGCAGCUCAUUUCCAUCACCCGAUCAGGUAGAGGAGAAAGCACAGCCAGAGAGCCAUGCUCUGGUCGAAACUGCAACAGUUUUCCAGGAAGAGCUGAGAAGUUGGAAAUCCACAGACUCUUGUGAUGGGGUUCUGAGGGCUGCUGCCGACACUGAGGGGGAGGUAUCUACCCCUGACCUGGCAGACAGCUGCUGUCAGGCCUUUCAGGAAACCUAUAUUCCUACUUCCACGGCCCAGACAGUUCAAACAUUGCCUAUUGAAGGCCAGGAAGAGGUAGUGAGCACACCACAUACCACUAAUUCUGCCAGCAAAACAAAAAAAACAGCUGGCAAGUCAUUUGUCAAAAAGUUAAAGUCAGCAUGGAAGAGCCGCUUUGGCAGGAGGAAGAGCAACAGAGUCAAACCUGUUUCAGCGCAACAUGUAGACCAGGCCAACAAGGACAGUGAAGCUUCUUCCAAACAAGACCUGAUAUCCACCUGUCUGGAGCUGGUUGAGAAAGAAGAGGACUCUAUAGAGAUGGAGAUGAGGAAUCUCCCAUCUCCAGCCUCCAGCAGCUCAUUUCCAUCACCCGAUCAGGUAGAGGAGAAAGCACAGCCAGAGAGCCAUGCGCUGGUCGAAACUGCAACAGUUUUCCAGGAAGAGCUGAGAAGUUGGAAAUCCACAGACUCUUGUGAUGGGGUUCUGAGGGCUGCUGCCGACACUGAGUGGGAGGUAUCUACCCCUGACCUGGCAGACAGCUGCUGUCAGGCCUUUCAGGAAACCUAUAUUCCUACUUCCACGGCCCAGACAGUUCAAACAUUGCCUAUUGAAGGCCAGGAAGAGGUAGUGAGCACACCACAUACCACUAAUUCUGCCAGCAAAACAAAGAAAACAGCUGGCAAGUCAUUUGUCAAAAAGCUAAAGUCAGCUUGGAAGAGACGUUUUGGCAGGAAGAAGAGCAACAGAGUCAAACUUGUUUCAGCGCAACAUGUAGACCAGGCCAACAAGGACAGUGAAGCUUCUUCCAAACAAGACCUGAUAUCCACCUGUCUGGAGCUGGUUGAGAAAGAAGAGGACUCUAUAGAGACAGAGAUGAGGAAUCUCCCAUCUCCAGCCUCCAGCAGCUCAUUUCCAUCACCCGAUCAGGUAGAGGAGAAAGCACAGCCAGAGAGCCAUGCUCUGGUCGAAACUGCAACAGUUUUCCAGGAAGAGCUGAGAAGUUGGAAAUCCACAGACUCUUGUGAUGGGGUUCUGAGGGCUGCUGCCGACACUGAGGGGGAGGUAUCUACCCCUGACCUGGCAGACAGCUGCUGUCAGGCCUUUCAGGAAACCUAUAUUCCUACUUCCACGGCCCAGACAGUUCAAACAUUGCCUAUUGAAGGCCAGGAAGAGGUAGUGAGCACACCACAUACCACUAAUUCUGCCAGCAAAACAAAAAAAACAGCUGGCAAGUCAUUUGUCAAAAAGUUAAAGUCAGCAUGGAAGAGCCGCUUUGGCAGGAGGAAGAGCAACAGAGUCAAACCUGUUUCAGCGCAACAUGUAGACCAGGCCAACAAGGACAGUGAAGCUUCUUCCAAACAAGACCUGAUAUCCACCUGUCUGGAGCUGGUUGAGAAAGAAGAGGACUCUAUAGAGAUGGAGAUGAGGAAUCUCCCAUCUCCAGCCUCCAGCAGCUCAUUUCCAUCACCCGAUCAGGUAGAGGAGAAAGCACAGCCAGAGAGCCAGCAAAUGGCCGAAACUGCAACAGUUUUCCAGGAAGAGCUGAGAAGUUGGAAAUCCACAGACUCUUGUGAUGGGGUUCUGAGGGCUGCUGCCGACACUGAGGGGGAGGUAUCUACCCCUGACCUGGCAGACAGCUGCUGUCAGGCCUUUCAGGAAACCUCUAUUCCUACUUCCACGGCCCAGACAGUUCAAGCCUUGCUCAUUGAAGGCCAGGAAGAAUAUGAAAAGACUGAGACCGGUAGAGAGACUACACAAAGUCCUCUAAAUCAAAAGAUCUCAGAGAAAGAGGCAGAAGAUUUCAGAGAAAGCGAGGACAUCUGGAUCCCUGAGACAGGAUCAACUUUUAGACUCUCCUCCAGGCCAGAGGAGAACAGGAGGGCAACUUCAUCUGCUUUCUGUUCGUGCACAACCUCAGCCAUGUUUGAGGUAGCAAACAUGAUUGAUGGCCAAGUAAUUGAGAAGGCCAUUAGGACACUAGAGUCCAUUGAUUCUGAUGGCAAAGCUGAGAGUCCAGCCAGCAAGACAUUUUUCAAAAACAUAAGGACAGCAUGGAAGAAACGCUUUGGUAAAAAGCAGCGUAAAAAGAUUACGACCGUUUCAGACUAUCAUAAGGGUCAGAAAGAGCAGGAUGAGGCUCCCGCUGAGCACCAAAUGUCUUUUGGUCUACAGCAAUUAUUUGCUGAGCCCCUUGAAGUGAAACCUUCAGAGGCCGACAACGACCUGGUCAUGACAAUAUAUUUACCUCCAGAAAAAUCAGAAGAGGAUGGACAUUCUGUAUUUUCUAAGGAGGAAAAUAAAGCAGCAGCAGACCAGCUGUUAGUCCUGGAUUCUUCCACAAUUUCAGCUAUAAUAAGGAGAUUCUUCCAGAGUCUCAGGGAAGAGCAAUGGAGGGAAGUAAGCGAAGGUGUUUACAAUCAAGAUGUAAAGGAGCAGCUGAUUUACAUGUGCACGGAUGUGCUGAGGUUCAUCUCAGACUCAGUCAUUAAAAUCGUCUUACAGUCAAUGUGUCAGUUAUCCGCCACAUCUGGAACCUUAACUCUGAGGAGACCCUUAUCCUCGAAGCAUUUGAUGGAGUAUUUCAACUACAACUUUCAGAGUAGUUUGGAAAGCUCCUUCAGUCAGGCUUUCUGUGAAAUAAUUGGUAGUGACAUACCUGUAAGGAUUUCGCACAAAUUCACAGAGGCCAUAGUGGGAGAGGUAAUUGAAGAGGUUAAUUCUGCCAUAUCAGUGGCCAUACAAGCCUCAUUGGAUGGAGGAUUCUCCAGUGCCACUGUUCUCGCCAGCUGCCAGAUGUCAAAGGACAGAGCAGCCAAGAAGAGUUUGGCAGGAGCUAUUGCAACUAUGAAAUCCUUUCUCACAGGACGAGGCACUGCAGUCAAGAGAAGGAUUCAGACAAAGAGCGGUGUAGAUCCUGACGUUAAAGAGGUGUCCACCAAGAAAAAAGAGUCACUGUGGAAGAGAUUUUUCAGUGGAAGGCAGAGAAAAGUCCAGUCGGUUGCGGUAGAAGAUUUGAACGGAGCUGCCAGGUCAGCCAGCGCUGACUUGACAUCGACGUACACUCUAGAGAAACAACAGCUUUCAUGGUUUCUUCGAGAGUCCUCCACAUCCUCUCCCAGUGCUGCCCUGAAGACAGACCUGUGGUCAACUCCGCUAGAGUUGGUAGACUACGUGGAGGUUGAGGACACACUUGAUACACUAGAAGACACCAGAAAUGUUAUUUCAUCUCUGUCUUCUAUCAGCUCAAUUCCACUAGAUCAUCAGGUGUUUGAGGUCACUAGGCCCAAAUUCCUCGAGGACACACCUUUGUCCACUGAUGGGCUCCAAGACGAGAUGAACACUUCUUCUCAGUCUCCGUCCGAUGAUUCUGGUGACAAGGAAACCUUUAUUCAAAUCUCUGCCAGCCGGUGUCUCAGUGUCAAGGAAAACAAGGCUAAGGAGAGAAACGGCUUCUGCGGCUUUUUCUGCAACAUCUUCUCAAAGAAGGAAAAGAAGGAGGAGAAGAAGAAGGAGGAGGAGAAGAUAAAGACUCCUCUGUGGAUGCAGCUGUUUUGCUUCCCCCCCCCAAACUUUUAAAUAAACAUUAAAAGGUUUACCUUUAGAUAGACAUACUGCAGACUGUGUUAUUCAGUGGUUUUCUCUUUAUACUGUACGGAUAUUUAAAUAUUGAUGGUACAACUGGUUUGUUAAACACCUGAGGAACAUGAACUUUUCCUGUAUCAGUCUGAUACAUAGACAUUAAAAUAAAUGGACACAGCAACACCAUAGACUUCGACGGAGACCAGUGAAGUCAAUUAGAAGCGUUCAUUACAGCCACAAUAUGUCCAAUGUUUACCUGCAGAGGAGGUAAUGCUUGAUAAAUACUUUGUAUACUCUACUUUGUAUAUCACAUUGCACUUUUCUGCUUCUUUUGCACUUCUGGUUGCACGCAAACUGCAUUUCGCUGUCUUUGUACUUGUACACUGCACA